AUGGUACCCAACCCACAAUCUUCUGUAGCCAACGUCAAAGAUACUAAGAAGAACUACCAAGACCAAGCAGAUGAGCUCUUUGAGCUUGCCGAUGAAUUCUUCCAAAAAUUUGUUCUUCACGGCAAUGUUACAGACUUAGACCAGUACCUUUAUUUUACCCAGGAACAAAUCAACAUCGCACCUGAAGGCCAUCCUGACCGAGCACAACACACCUUUACACUCGGAGACGGAUAUUCCCGCAAAUAUAAAAAAACGAGGAACCCAGAGGACCUCGAGAGGUCUAUAGCAUUAAGAGAAGAAUCCAUAAAUCUGGGGCGCAAAGACUCUUGUCCCGUGGAAUUAUCCCACGGUGACAAGCUGUCGCUUAUAGCAGACUAUCAAGCUAAAUUCGAAUUGACGGGCGACAGGGUCAUUUUGGAACAAGCUACUCGAAGUUGCGAAGAAGAAAUCAACUUGCUACCGGAAAAGGAUACAAUCAGAGCAGCCUAUCUCUACCGAGCUGGUAUUGGUUAUGGGACUGCAUACCAAGAGUCAGGCGAAAAGGUCUCCUUGGAACAGUCUAUUCGUUCUUAUCGGGAAGCAAUCACUCUGACACCGAAGAACGACUCCCAAAGGCCACUGAGACUUGAGGGUCUUGCGAAUGGACUUAGAGACUUGUUUCAAAGGAUUGGUUCUGCGGCAGCUCUUGAGGAGGCUAUACAACUCUCUGAAGAGGCGCUUGACCUAACGCCAGACGACCAUGAGGAUCGAGCAAACCGCCUCUUCUAUCUUGCAAUUCUAUAUGCCGACCGACAAGUGCAAACAGGAGAAAAGGAUCAUUACCACUCUAUUGGACUCAUAAAGGAAGCACUUCCUGUCGCACCCGUGGGGCAUCCUGCCCGGGCAAAGGUGCUUGCGGCUCUCUCUACGGCGUACUUGCAAGAGUACUCUGCGACAAAGGUCGAGAAUACCCUGCAUGAAUGUAUCCAACGUGGAAAUGAGGCUCUGCUUGAAAUAAAGGACAGUCGAGAUCGAUCGCGGCCGUUGGAUGUUCUUGGAUAUGCAUAUCGGCAUCUAUACGAAAGGACAGAUGAUGUAACGGACCUUGAGUUAUCUAUUCAGCAUCACAAGUCAGCCGUCGGCGAGGCUUCAGAACAAGACCCCACCCGAGCAUAUCUUCUUCGUGGUCUUGCAGAGGGAUAUGAGGCAAAGUACCAUUCUACGAAAGCCGCAGCAGACUGGGACCUAUCCGUCCGGACCUUUGCAGAAGCCCUCGCUCACAACCUCUCUUCUGCCGACCAUCGCUUGCAAGCCGGUAGAAGCUUACUCCAUUUCCAUGCCGGAGCUGGCCGAUGGGAAGAAGCUUAUGGAUAUGCGUUGAAGAGCAUUCGGCUCAUCCCACUGCUCACGGGCCCUGCGCUUGAGAACUCGGAUAAGCAAGUCUUGCUUGCCGAAAUUUCUGGCUUGGCUUCUGAUGCUGCAGCGGUGGCUCUGAAUUCUGGGAAAACUACUCUUGAAGCGAUUCAACUUCUUGAACUUGGUCGUGGUGUCAUUUCAGCCUCGGUACAUGCUUCACCCAGUCGUGAGGUUGGCCAAGGACCAGAAGAAGGUAAGCCGAAUGUUCGGGAGAAUUCCGGUAGCGAAGGAUUCCCCGAAGUCCUGUCUGAGAAUGAACUGAAAGCUGCUGCCAAGAACGGGCCGAUUUUAGUCAUCAGUGCCAGCUCGUACCGCUGUGAUGCCUUUAUCGUCGAGCGCAACGACAUCCGCGUUCUGCCAUUGCCCGAGCUGAAUCGCAACGACAUAAAUUCCUAUCAAGUUGAAGAUCUUGCGCAACCGAAGAUUCUAGAAUGGCUUUGGACUACUCUAGCCAAGCCGGUCCUUGAUGAAUUGGGACUCGGCCAAAUUGGGGCUAAUGACCGCUGGCCUCAUGUAUGGUGGAUUCCCACAGGAGUCUUGGCAAAAUAUCCGAUCCAUGCCGCUGGUUCAUAUUCACCCACUUCCUCUAGUUCUGUCCUUGACCUGGUAGUAUCGUCAUACAGCACGUCUGUGAAGACAAUCAUUCAAGGUCACUGGCGUCAAGCUCAGAAAGUUGGAGCAUCCCGUCCAAACAAUGUCGUUUUGGUCGGGAUGAAAGAAACGCCCGGGCAAAGACAUUUAAAGUAUGCUACGGAAGAGGCAGAGAUGUUGGAACGUACUUUCAAGUCUUUGAAUCUACACACCACUAAGCCUCUGCCAGUUCAACAGGAUGUAUUGUCUGCAUUGAAGAAUUGCGAUAUAUUUCAUUUCGCAGGUCAUGGACUUAGUAGCCACAGGUCUCCUUGGAAGAGCAGCCUACUCUUGCGCGAUUGGGAGAAACAGCCGCUGACAGUCGAGCAUCUCUACGAGGUCAAUGCUGGCAAACGAACGGCAUUUCUUGCGUAUCUUUCAGCCUGUGGAACAGGUCAAAUAUUACACGGCGAGUUUCUAGAUGAGGGGCUUCAUUUGGCCACUGCAUGUCAACUUGCUGGAUUUCAACAUGUAAUCGGUACAUUGUGGGAGGUGAACGACAGGGCGUGCGUUGACAUCGCAGCCAAGACAUACGAAUGGAUACAGCGGGAAGGAAUGAGUGAUGAAUCUGUUAGCGAGGGACUUCAUCAUGCGCUGAGGAGUCUUCGCGCACAGUGGAUUACGGAAAAUGUCUCAAGAGGGGCACUGAUGUACCAGGAGAGAAUUGGAUGUACGGACGGGAGUCACAUUGAGGAGGAAAGGCGACACAACUCGAGAUGCCAAAGAGAUGUUUUCUUUGCUGAUGAAGCAGUGCUUAGUUCAGCUCCCUGGGUUCCUUAUAUUCAUUUUGGCAUUUAA